UGUAUGUUGAUAAGACAAAAUUUGCUAAAAAUACACGCGAUAGGAAAUUCGCAGGCAGCAGUUUUCUACCAAUAUAAAGCAGAAAUGGAAGAUUUGAGCUUAUUCAAAGUCGACCAACCCUUAGUGUUGUUUGUGAAUGGGAAAAGGGUUGAAGAUACCAAUCCAAACCCGGAAUGCACACUGUUGGUUUAUUUGCGCGAAAAACUGCGGCUCUGUGGAACGAAGCUCGGUUGUGCCGAGGGAGGAUGCGGAGCGUGUACCGUGAUGGUGUCGAAAGUUGAUCGCAAAACGGGUCAACUGCAGCAUCUGGCGGUCAAUGCGUGUCUCACGCCAGUCUGUGCCAUGCACGGUAUGGCCGUCACGACGGUGGAAGGUAUUGGAAGUACACGCACUCGGCUUCAUCCCGUGCAGGAGCGAAUCGCAAAGGCGCACGGAUCGCAGUGUGGCUUCUGCACUCCUGGUAUUGUAAUGUCCAUGUACGCUUUGCUCCGCAGCUCGCCAGUUCCGUCGAUGAAGGAGCUGGAGGUGGCUUUCCAAGGCAACCUGUGUCGGUGCACCGGUUAUCGACCAAUUUUGGAAGGAUACAAAACUUUUACGAAGGAGUUCGGUAACUGCGCUAUGGGCGAGAAGUGCUGCCGAAAUGGCAAUAGCACCAGUGGAUGUGGCGCACCGGCCGGAGAGGUGGACCACGAACUAUUUCAAGCAAGCGAGUUCAUGCCUUACGAUCCAUCGCAGGAACCGAUUUUCCCACCGGAACUCAAAAUCUCCAACAGACUGGACACCGAUUCGAUAGUUUUUCGAUCAUCCAAUACGGCCUGGUAUCGGCCAACAAAGCUUAAUGACUUGCUGGCGCUGAAGAAGCGUUAUCCGGACACAAAAAUUGUCGUUGGUAACACGGAGGUUGGCGUAGAGGUGAAGUUUAAGCAUUUCCAAUACCCCGUCUUGGCUAAUCCAAUUCAAAUAACGGAGCUCUCAUCGAUCGAGCGAAAUGAACGUGGUUUGAAGAUAGGAUCUGCUGUGACGCUGAUGGAAAUGGAAAAUACUCUGCAACAGGAAAUUGAAACCAGUCCGGAACACGAAACACGGCUAUUUAAGGCGAUUGUGGAUAUGCUGCAUUGGUUCGCUGGAAAGCAGAUUCGUAACGUUGCGUCCGUCGGGGGCAACAUCAUGACCGGAAGCCCCAUUUCGGACCUAAAUCCUAUUUUCACUGCGGCUGCCGUCGAGCUAGAGGUGGCAAGUUUUGAUGGAGGCUUUCGCACAGUACGAAUGGGAGAUGGAUUCUUUACUGGGUAUCGAACGAAUGUGAUCAAGUCGGAAGAGGUGCUCGUGUCACUGUUCAUUCCGCGUACUACCACGGACCAGCAUUUUAUUGCCCACAAGCAGGCCAAACGCCGGGAUGAUGAUAUUGCCAUCGUGAACGGUGCUUUCAACGUCCGAUUCCGAGCAGGCACGGAUGUGGUGGAGGAAUUGCAUCUGGCGUUUGGAGGCAUGGCUCCAACGACGGUACUGGCGAAGAAAACCGCUCAAGCGCUGGUCGGAAGACGUUGGGAUACUAAGCUGGUGGAACUUUGCAAUGAUCUACUCGUCGAAGAGCUUCCUCUCAGUCCGUCUGCGCCAGGUGGUAUGAUAUUGUAUCGACGAUCGUUAACGCUUAGCCUCUUCUUCAAGGCCUACCUUGCCAUCGCCCAAGUACUUGAUGCACAACCAGAUAUUAAGGGUAGGAAACCUAUCGAGAGCCGUGAAAAGAGUGGUUCCGAAACAUUCCACACACUGGUGCCAAAGAGUGCGCAACUGUUUGAAAAGGUUGCAUCCGGGCAAGCUGUUACUGAUCCCAUUCGACGUCCCCAGGUCCACGCAUCGGCAUACAAGCAGGUCACUGGAGAGGCCAUCUAUUGUGACGAUAUUCCAAGAUUUUCCAACGAGUUGUAUCUGGCAUUCGUGUACAGCACGAAGGCGCAUGCCAAGAUCGUUUCCAUUGAUCCUUCGGCCGCGUUGCAAGAAGAGGGAGUCCAUCGGUUCUUCAGUGCUGACGAUUUGACGGAAGAACAAAAUCGGUUGGGGCCAAUCAUUGAAGAUGAACGAGUUUUUGCAAAAGAUUUUGUUUUUUGCCAUGGUCAGAUAAUAGGCGCGAUCGUAGCAAAUGACGCAACAGCAGCUAAAAAAGCAAGCAGGAAAGUGAAAGUCGUUUAUGAAGAAUUAACCCCAGUUAUCGUGACCCUAGAGGAUGCGAUAGCUCGUAAAUCUUUUUUCCCUGAAAGUCCUCUUCGACUCGAAUUCGGUAAUGUUGACGGCGCAUUCCAAUCUGCAUAUAAAAUUGUGGAAGGAGAAUGCCGUACUGGUGCCCAGGAACACUUCUACCUCGAACCAAUUGCUUGUAUCGCGUUUCCCCGCGAUUCAGACGAAAUAGAAAUUAUCAGCUGCAGUCAACAUCCGGCCGAAGCACAGCGGAAGGUGGCCAAUGCGUUGGGUCUGUCGUGUAAUAAAGUUUUCUCAAAGGUAAAACGACUCGGUGGCGGCUUUGGGGGCAAAGAAACAAAAGUCGAUGGUGUCGUAACACCAGUCGCCUUAGCUGCCUACCGCCUGCAGCGUCCUGUCCGGUGUGUCUUGGAUCGCACCGAUGACAUGGCUAGCACAGGAACAAGACAUCCUUUCCAAGUGCGUUACCGCGUCGCCGUGAACAAGGACGGAUUGCUGUUGGCAGGUGAAUACAAAGCCUACUCCAAUGCAGGAUAUUCACGUGAUCUAUCCUUCUCCGUUAUGCAACGUGCCAUUUUACACAUUCAAAAUGCUUACAAAAUACCGAAUGUUCGCAUAGAAGGAUGGGUCUGCCGCACAAAUCUGCCCUCUUGCACGGCUUUCCGCGGGUUCGGUUCACCGCAGGCAAUGUUUGUUGCUGAAAACGUAAUUCGUCACGUGGCAGCAGAGAUGCAUUGCGAUCCCGUUUCGCUGAUGGCAUUGAAUCUAUAUCAAGAUAAUGGCGAUGUGACGCAUUACAACAAGGCGAUUGAAAGCUGUACAGUGAGAAGGUGCUGGGACCAGCUUUUUAGUUCAUCGGAUUUCGCUGAUCGACGUACGAGAGUGGAGAGUUUUAACAAAAUGAAUCGCUGGCGUAAGCGUGGUAUUGAUGUUGUGCCAACAAUGUAUGGUAUAGCGUUUAACGUACCCGCCCUGGAUCAGUCGGGUGCUUUAGUACACGUGUAUCAAGAUGGCACUGUCUUGUUAGCUCAUGGUGGGGUUGAAAUGGGACAAGGUUUACACACGAAAAUGAUUCAAGUAGCUGCCACAGCGUUACAAAUUCCUUUCGACUGGAUUCAUUGUUCCGAGACCGGCACGGAUAAGGUGCCAAAUACUUCUGCCACUGCCGCAAGUGUAGGAUCGGAUCUUAACGGAGCUGCCGUUUUGGACGCUUGCAGAAAGCUUCUAACACGUAUAGAACCGUAUAAAAAGGCAAAUCCUGAUGCGGGAUGGACUGUUUGGAUUCAACGUGCCUACCUCGAUAGAGUGGCUUUAUCUGCGACCGGAUUCUACGCAACUCCGGACAUUAACUAUGACCUUACAACCAACACGGGAAACCCAUUCCAUUACUACACUUUCGGGGCGGCUUGUUCUGAGGUUGAGAUCGAUUGUCUCACCGGUGAUCACCAGGUGUUGCGAACGGACAUUGUGAUGGAUGUUGGCUCUAGCAUAAAUCCAGCAAUUGACAUUGGCCAAAUCGAGGGCGGUUUCAUGCAAGGGUAUGGCAUGUUUAUGCUUGAAGAAAUGAUUUACUCGUCGAAAGGGGAGGUUCUCUCUCGUGGCCCCGGUACCUAUAAACUACCCGGUUUUGGAAAUAUCGCCGGAGAGCUAAAUGUGUCGCUGUUGACCGGAGCACCAAACCCACGUGCUGUUUAUUCCUCCAAGGCCAUCGGAGAGCCUCCUCUUUUCCUCGCCUCGUCGGUAUACUUCGCAACUAAGGCCGCUAUCGCAGCUGCCCGGUCGGAGGAGGGCGUGCAGGGCAAUUUUAACCUCAUUGCCCCAGCCAGUGCCGCUCGUAUCAGAAUGCUUUGCACCGACAGCAUUUCGCAAAAGGUUCAAAACGAAGAUGCUGACGAGAACGGGUCAUGGAACGUGAUGGCGUAACAGCGUUUAUCUAAAAGUUUCCCGAGAAUUAAACGGAAUGAAAAUCCCGCAUACAUAUUUCCUAUUUUAUUACUUCCUUACUACCUCAUACCAGAAGCAUAUUUA